AUGGAUGAUUAAACUAUAACUAAUUGUGCAAUAAAAGAAAAAAAUAUAGAAAAAUUGUGUAGGUUAAUACCAGACUCAUUAACUGAAGAACUCAAAUAUGCCCUUAAACAUUCUGUAGAAAAUUUAUUCAAUGAAGAAGCAGAUUUAGAUAAGCUUUAAGAAUAUAUCACUUAAGUUCAUUCUGAUGACCUAAAUAUCUAAUAUUAAGGGUUAAAUAGAAAUCGAAAACUAUUGAAUAAUUCUCAAUUAGCAUUACCAAAAGAAUAACUAAUUGAAAUUUUACUUCAAAAUAAUUUUUCAAUAAAAAUUUUUCAAAUAGCCAUAAACAGCAAGAUUCAAUUGUUGUAAUAUGAAGCGCUUUGGAUUAUUUAUAAUAUUGUGUGUGUAACAUAAUAAGAAAUGUAAAAUAUUAUUGUUAAUAAUGGAAAUAAUAUCCUUCUCUUAGUUGA